UUUCCAGCGUAUACAUUAGGGGGAUUUUUACUGUCGUGGCAACCCAGAUGUAAAGCCGGGAGGACACGGAGAAGGAGAGCGCCGUAAAGCUGAAUGUUUUGGACAGGGGAGGUCAUUGGAAAGUGAGGCUCUCUGUUGCGGUUCUGGGCGCAGAAGUAAUACAGGUGUCAGAUAUUCUGAUACCAGAGAAGCCUCUGUUGUACCCGGGUUAGUUUUAUUCAAGCGACGAGUUCGAAAUGUUGCGUUUAGCACUGAGACUGAGGCCGGCGGUCAGGGUUAGCCGCCCGGGUGUCCUCUCAGGCCCGGCCGCUGGAGCUCGUUAUGGACCGGUACCGCGCCAGAGGAGUGGCUCGUGCCGAGUCCGGGCUCUGAGUUCCGGCACACAUGUUCAUCACAGCUUCCUGAACUGCAGAACGCGGGCCUUACAAACACAAAAUGUCGCUUUCAGUCAGAGCAAAAGAGUCUGCAGUCUGCCUCCUCACCAGAAGGUGGAGCUCCCUGCUUUAUCUCCCACCAUGCAGUUGGGCACCAUCGCUCGCUGGGAGAAGAAGGAGGGGGAUAAAAUUAACGAGGGAGACCUGAUCGCUGAGGUGGAAACAGACAAGGCCACUGUAGGAUUCGAGUUGCUAGAGGAGUGCUAUCUCGCCAAGAUCCUGGUACCGGAGGGUACAAGAGACGUGCCCAUCGGAUCAGUCAUCUGUAUUACUGUUGACAGUCCUGACCUCAUCCCAGUGUUUAAGGACUUCACUCUGGAAAAACUGGCCGCCUUAACUCCAUCAGCAGCCGCGGCAACAGCAGCAGCAACCCCACCUCCAGCAGCCGCCUCCUCAGCUCCCUCUCCUCCACAAGCCCCUGGCAGCUCGUACCCGCCACACAUGAAGAUUCUUCUGCCAGCUCUUUCCCCCACUAUGACGAUGGGCACGGUGCAACGCUGGGAGAAGAAAGUGGGAGAAAAAUUGAACGAAGGCGACUUGCUCGCCGAAAUCGAGACCGAUAAGGCUACAAUUGGAUUUGAGGUUCAGGAAGAGGGCUACUUGGCUAAGAUCAUGGUGCUUGAGGGAACCAGAGAUGUCCCCCUAGGUACCCCUCUGUGCAUCAUGGUAGAGAAAGAGUCUGACAUUCAGGCAUUCGCUGACUAUGUGGAGACCGGCGUGGCUACUAGCCCGCCUCCAGCUCCUGCACCGGUGGCAGCUCCUCCCGCUCCGUCUGCCCCAGCGGCCCCGGCUGCUCCUGCUCCUGCUGCUGCCGCUAGGAAGGGCCGAGUGUUCGCGAGCCCUCUGGCCAAGAAACUAGCCGCUGAGAAGGGCAUUGACCUUUCACAGGUCACUGGCUCUGGACCAGACGGCAGAGUAACCAAGAAAGACAUUGAGAACUUUGUCCCAGCCAAGGCAGCUCCUCCUCCAGUUGCUCCGACAGCGCCUGCAGUACCCACGCCCGCUCGUGCUCCAGCUGUGGCACCUGCACCCACCGGCACCUUCACCGAUAUCCCCCUCAGCAACGUCCGCAGAGUGAUUGCUCAGAGGCUGAUGCAGUCGAAGCAGACUAUUCCUCACUACUACUUGUCUGUGGAUAUCAACAUGGACCAAGUUCUGGACCUCAGGAAAGAGCUCAACGAGGAGGUGAAAGCAGACAACAUUAAACUGUCAGUGAACGACUUCAUCCUCAAGGCGUCAGCACUGGCAUGUUUAAAGGUUCCAGAGGCCAACUCCUCCUGGAUGGACACGGUUAUCCGACAAAAUCAUGUGGUGGAUGUUAGCGUUGCAGUCAGCACACCCAACGGCCUGAUCACUCCUAUUGUAUUCAACGCUCAUAUUAAAGGCUUAGCUGCUAUCAGUAAAGAUAUAGCUGCACUGGCUGCUAAGGCACGUGACGGCAAGCUGCAGCCGCAUGAAUUCCAGGGUGGCACCUUCACAGUCUCCAAUCUGGGCAUGUAUGGUAUCAAGAACUUCUCUGCCAUCAUUAAUCCUCCUCAGGCCUGUAUCCUGGCAGUGGGAGGCUCAGAAAAGAGGCUGCUGCCUGCGGACAACGAGAAAGGGUUUGACGUGGCCAGCAUGAUGUCUGUGACUCUCAGCUGUGAUCACCGGGUGGUGGACGGCGCGGUCGGUGCACAGUGGCUGGCCGAGUUCCGCAAGUUUCUGGAGAAACCCGUCACUAUGCUGCUUUGAGGUGCUGUCAGCCUAAAAUGCAGAACUCUCAGAUCAAAGGAGGUCUCUCUCAAAC